AUGCUUUUUCCAGCUCUUGUCUCAGCACUUCUUCACUCAACUGCGCUGGUUACAGCGUCAGCAAUCCCACCCGUGCCUGGUGGUGGGAGUGAUGAUGGCCGCUCAACUGGCUAUGCGGCCCGUGGGAUUUCUAUUGCUAGCGAAAGCCAGUAUUGUAACCAAAAGGGAGUUGAUUUUUUCAAGCAGAAUAAAAAUGCUACUGCAGCCGACGCGAUUAUAGCUACUGUUCUUUGCAUUGGAACUGUUGCGAUGUACCACAGUGGUAUUGGAGGAGGAGGGUUCGCACUUGUGAAAAAAGAGAACAAGUUCGAAGCCAUCGAUUUCCGCCCCGUUGCUCCAAACAGCGCAAACGAUAGCUACUACGAUAAGCAUGAUGUACACCGAGGUGGUGCAGCAAGUGGCGUACCUGGUGAGCUCAAAGGGCUUUGGGAACUCCAUAGGUACGGGGGAGUUCCUUGGAAUGAUCUCUUUACGCCGGCGAUGAAGGCAGCAAAGGGCGACUUCCAUGCGACUGAUGAUAUGAUGUACUUCAUCCAACAGGUCAUUGCAGACCCGCCAAUCGACCCUCUACCAAUUGUGUUUCCCGAAUGUGGUUGGCUGGGGCAAUAUCCCUGGAACGAAACCUUCUGUCGAGGUGGUAAACUCCUGAAAAAGGGUGACCCAGUGAUUCGGGAGACCUACGUUAAGACUCUGGAGAAUAUUGCGAGUAAAGGAGAGAAAAGCUUUUACGAAGGGGAUAUUGCGGACUCAACUUACCGCACUUUGAGUCAUGCUACAAGUCCAAGCUUAAUGACGAAGGAGGACCUUAAGAACUAUAAGGUCGAGAUCCGCGCUCCCGUCAACAUUGAUUAUCAUGGCUAUACAGUCACAAGUACUCCAAUUCCUGCGAGUGGGACGGUGGUUCUCAGCAUAUUGAAAGUUUUGGAAAAGUUCAUGGGCAAUUUCAAUCCCGGCGCUGAUGAAAUAAGCACCCAUUGGCUAAUUGAAGCAUUGCGGUUCGGAUACGCUCAGAGGUCCAGACUGGGGGACCCGGACAUGAAAUUCAAACCCGAUAUCGAUAUGGAUGCGUAUCAAAAAUGGCUGAUAGACGGGAAGAACGGAUUUGCGUCCAAAGUCAACAUCACAGAUAAAGCACUACGUGACCCUCUGAAGUAUAUCCUGCCGUACCCUUCGACAGCCGAAGCAUCUUUGGCGCCUCCGUCUGGAAAAGCCGUCAUAAAGGAAGGGGGAACUUCCCAUGUUGUGGCGCUGGACAGCUCUGGCUUAGCUAUAUCCCUUACCACCAGUGUUGGCGAAUAUUUUGGCAGCAGAGUUAUGGACCCCCAGACUGGAAUCAUCUUUGACGACGUCAUGGCCGAUUUCCAGCGUAAAACUCAUGAUGACCCUCUGGAAUUUGCCAAUAAUCACAUCGAAAAUGGAGGUAAAAGGCCACUUUCUGGAAUGUCGCCCACCAUAAUUACUGAUAAUAAAGGACAUGUGCGUUUUGUUACGGGGUCUGCUGGUGGAAUGCGAAUUCCUUCAGCUACACUUCAGAUCAUCAUCAACGUCAUCGACCGAAAGAUGUCAGCAAAAGGCGCUCUUAGUGCACCGCGCUUGCACGACCAGCUGAGCCCUAAUAUUACGGAGUUUGAUCUAUCACUGACUAAUGAUACGCGCAUGUACAACAAACCUAUUGUGAAAGAGAUGAGAGAUAGGAACCACCGUUUUACGUGGGUUGAAACUGGUGGAUCUUCGGCGCAGGCAAUCAAGUGGGAUCAGGGUCAAGCACCAGAUGCAUCCGGAGAAGAAUGGCAGAGUGAUUCAGGGGGGUGUGUUUGGUGGGAUGGAAAGGAUGAUUGUCCCUUCAAAAACCCAAGACCCGAUGCUAACCCAUAG